GGCGCCUGCGCAGUUGCUCGGCCCCGGCUUCCGGGCCGUAUCGGCGCGAUGGAGCUGAGGGCCAGUGCCGCCGAGUAGCGGCGGCGUGAGGUCGCACGGGCCGGGGGGUGUGACCCGAGGGCUUGGGUCUCCGGGUACUUGGGAGCCGCCGGAGGGUGCGGAGAGAGCCUAGGAUAGCCGUCCGCCGCCACUCCCGGGCAUGUCGGCCGAGGCCUCGGGCCCGGCGGCGGCCGAGGCCCCGUCCCUGGAAGCGCCUAAGCCCUCGGGUCUCGAGCCUGGCUCCGCCGCCUACGGUCUGAAACCGCUGACCCCGAACAGCAAGUACGUGAAGCUGAACGUGGGCGGCUCGCUGCACUACACCACGCUGCGCACCCUCACGGGACAGGACACCAUGCUCAAGGCCAUGUUCAGCGGCCGCGCAGAGGUGCUCACCGAUGCGGGAGGUUGGGUGCUGAUUGACCGGAGCGGCCGUCACUUUGGUACAAUCCUCAACUACCUGCGGGAUGGGUCCGUGCCACUGCCUGAGAGUACCAGAGAGCUGGGGGAGCUACUAGGCGAAGCGCGCUACUACCUGGUACAGGGCCUGAUUGAGGACUGCCAGCUAGCACUGCAGCAAAAAAGGGAGAACCUGUCCCCGCUGUGCCUCAUCCCCACGGUGACAUCUCCCCGGGAGGAGCAGCAGCUCCUGGCCAGCACCUCCAAGCCCGUGGUGAAGCUCCUGCACAACCGCAGUAACAACAAGUACUCCUACACCAGCACUUCAGAUGACAACCUACUUAAGAACAUCGAGCUGUUUGACAAACUGGCCCUGCGCUUCCAUGGGCGGCUGCUUUUCCUCAAGGAUGUACUGGGGGACGAGAUCUGCUGCUGGUCCUUCUACGGGCAGGGCCGCAAAAUCGCCGAGGUGUGCUGCACCUCCAUUGUCUAUGCCACGGAAAAGAAGCAGACCAAGGUGGAGUUCCCAGAGGCCCGGAUCUUUGAGGAGACCUUGAACAUCCUGAUCUACGAGACUCCCCGGGGCCCAGACCCAGCCCUCCUGGAGGCCACAGGGGGUGCAGCUGGAGGUGGUGGGGCAGGCCGAGGGGAGGAUGAGGAGAACCGAGAGCACCGUGUCCGCAGGAUCCAUGUCCGGCGCCACAUCACCCACGACGAGCGUCCUCAUGGCCAACAGAUUGUCUUCAAGGACUGACCUUUGACCUUUCUCCCUGUUUUCCUCCUGCCACUGGAACCCAGUUCCUCUCUCUUUCCCUCCUUUUCCCAUACCUUUGCCCCGGCUUUGCUGGCCAAGUCGUGGGCCCAUCUUCUGUCCCUUCAUUGCAUGGUACAGUUCACUGUGGCCCUUUUCCAUUCAUUCCCACCUCACUGCUAACAGCACGGUACAUUCCAGCCCCCUCCCUAGGUCAGAGCCCUUCAGGAGGCCUGCAUUUGUUCCCUUAUCCCAUUCUUGUCCUGCUCUUCCCUCACCAGCUGGUUUAGAGUGAUUUAGAACUCCCUUUCUCCCCUUCUCUCUCUCUCUCUCUCCCCCCCCGUCCCCCCCCCCCCCCCCCCGCUUUUUCAGCACAUUGUACACGCCAAAGUGUCAAGCCAGCCCUUACUGACAUCCACCAUGUUCUGAACCACCUCCCCACCACCGUGCAGGGUAGUUUCCCUCCCUUGUCCUUCCCCCACCAGCCCCCCCCCCCCACCUCCUUAACUUUGUACUAGGCUGGCCUGGGCUUGCACCAGCUCAGCCAUCUUCUCAAUCUAUUUCAUAUUAUUUAUUUUAAUUUUCUAUUAAAUUAUUGGAAUAAAGUUGA